GCUGGCGGCGCGGGGAGCGGCACCGGGCAGCCCCCCGAGAACGCCCCGCCGGGCAGCAGCGAGUGAGCGGCAGCGGAGGCGCGCCGAGUUCCUUUGGCAGAAAAUGACCCUGAACACCCAGCGAGGAAGCAUAGCCCCUUCCCGGAGACGGGCCAGCACCCCACUGCCAGCCCUCUACCGGUCCCGGCCAGGGAGGCUGAGCGUCCGGCCCAUCCAGACCGAGCCGUGCCACCCCCCGCUGGGACACUCCUCAUCCUGUGAGCCCAGAGCCUGCCUACCUGAGCCACAGGAGAGCUGGUCACCUGGAUCCUCCGACUCAGAGGGGUCUUGGGAGUCCCUGUAUCGAGUGGUGCUUCUGGGAGAUCCUGGGGUGGGCAAGACCAGUUUGGUGAAUCUCUUCGCUGGUGUUCAAGAUAAGGAUCCGCCGGAACAACAGAGAGAGGACUCCUACGAGCGCACCCUGUCAGUGGAUGGCGAGGAGACCACGCUGAUGGUGAUCGACACCUGGGAGACCGAGAAGCGGCCGCCGGAGGAAGACAACUGGUUCCACAAUUACUGCAUGCAGGUGGGCAACGCCUACGUCAUCGUGUACUCCAUCACCGACAGGGGGAGUUUCGAGAGCGCUUCAGAACUCCGGAUCCAACUGCGACGAACCCGGCAGGCAGAGAACAUCCCCAUCAUACUGGUGGGGAACAAGACGGACCUGGUGCGCUGCCGAGAGGUGUCUGUAGAAGAGGGCCGGGCUUGCGCUGUGGUCUUCGACUGCAAGUUCAUCGAGACAUCAGCCGCCCUCCAGCACAACGUGACUGAGCUCUUUGAAGGGGUCGUGCGGCAGAUCCGCUUGCGGCGGGACAGCAAGGAAGCCAACGAGAGGCGCAUGUCGCUCUACAAGCGCAAGGAGAGCCUCACCAAGAAGGUGCGCCGCUUCCUCGACCGGCUGGUGGCCCGCAACAACAAGAAGGUGGCCUUGAAGGUCCGCUCCAAGUCCUGCCACGACCUCUCUGUGCUCUGAACGAACCAAACAUGCUCUUCCUCCUUCCCUCCGUCCUGUGCUUCCAAAGGGUCCUGUUAUCCUUCUCACGUGUACAUAGGACUUUGCGCAUUUCCUUCUUGACUAGUCUCUCUCAGGACUGGACCUUUUGGUAGGGUGGACAAAAACUCGUGGGCACUGAGAAGAUGUUCAGCUGAGCUGCCCCCAAGCUAGAAGAAGAAGGGGCUCCUUUUCGCAGUCAUUCAGCAUGCCAAUGUCUGUGCCGCAGUUGGGAAGCUGGCACAUUGAACAGUGGGAGGGGACUUUUGCGCAUGUUCCUGGCUUUGGGGUGGGGGCCCAGAGAAAAGGAGCAAGGAAGGGGGCACAAUUCAACCCGACUGUCUUUGCUCCAAAGGUCUGUGAGACUCUGCAGCCAAGGGGUUCCAGCAUUAUCUCCAAGGUGCGGCUCAUGCCGGGUGGAAAUCCCAGUCAGGCAGACACCUCAGCUGUUUGGAGCACGGCUUUUCUUUUGCUCGGCAGCUGUUGUAAUAUAGUUAGGUAGGAAUUCUCCAACGGAAAAUGGAUUUCCAGCUUGCAUCUACAUUUUUUUAAACAGUAUCCAGUGUAGAAGAGGUGAGGGGGGUCAUUCCUUUUUCUAGGCAAAUCUGUAAAUAUUGAAACCGAGGCCAAGGGGGGAAAUGGCAUACACUCAUGGGAGGGGGGGAUCUUGGAGAGAUGAACACGGGCCAUCCGUAAGGGUCCCUUUGGCCGUCCUCUGGCCUCCCAGUACUGAAGAACUUCUAGAUGGCAGUAAAACAAGACAACAGGGAGAAGACCUGGGAGGAAGGAUGAGGGAGUAGGCUUGUAGAGUGACCCGCCUCUGAUUUCCUAGCAGGGCUUUCCGGCCUUUAUCAACUGUGUGGUGGCCUGAAAUCCAACAGGCAAAGUUCCACUAGCACCAGAGAGGUGGAAAGCGACAUCUGUUGGAUAUCCACCUGCCAGUCUGCGGCUAAAGGUUUAGCAGCCCUGCCAGGGAAGAAACAGAUGGGGCAGAGCAGGAGUGCUGGAUUACUGGUGUUUGUCGAGGGUCUGUUACCCAGGCCCUGCUGAAGGAAAAUCAAUGUGAAUUUUUGCACUUUGAUUUCCGCCUGUGCAAAAUGUUUUGCUACCUGAAGUUUCACUCUCAUCAUCUUUGUAUAAGCACUGUGAGCAGAUCCCCUAGAUGAAAAGCAAUAAACCACCACCAAGAAACACCAUUUUUGGUGUUUGCUUGCCAUUCAUUCAGCUUUUGACUUUGGUUAGAAAUGGGCAAAAGAGCCCCAAGGCGCAGAGUGGUAAGCGGCAGUACAGCAGUCCAAGCUCUGCUCACGACCUGAGUUCGAUCCUGGCGGAAGCCGGGUUCACAUAACCAACUCAAGGCUGACUCAGCCUUCCACCCUUCCGAGGUUGGUAAAAUGAGUACCCAGUUUCCUGGGGGUAAAGUGUAGAUGACUGGGGAGGCAAUGGCAAACCACCCCAUAAAAAGUCUGCCAAGAAAACGUUGUGAUGCGACGUCCCCCCAUGGGUCAGUAAUGAUUUGGUUCUUUUACCUUUACCUUAGAAAUGGGCAGGCUCCAAAGUCCUUGAUAGUGGGCAGAGUUGGCAGUGAGUCCGCUGGGGUAAUUGCAGGAAUCUCUGCCUGGUUCUGAGUCCCUAAAACGUGGAGGGAGGGGGGCCCUCAGGCAUGCCUGCAUCUUGUGGGUCACAUAGGUAGGUAGGUUUAUUGCAGUUAGCCAUUCAGGGCCGGCGUGCCCAUUGAGGCCAGGUAGGCGGUGGUCUCAGGCGCGGGGUGCUGGAGGGAUUGCCGGAGGAGGCGCGGGGGGCGGGAGCACGUGCCACACAGCUGCAGCCUCCUAUUCCUCUGGCCCCACGCCGCUGCCAGCACACACCCCCAGCUGGGCGCAGCUGCUGCGGGCAGGCGUCUGCGGCAGCGCAGGCAACCGAGCGGGGAGCUCGGAGGCCACCUGCGCACCGUCACAGCCGCCCGUUGCAGCGAUCGGGCUGGCAGUGGCUCACGCGCUCCCAUGAUGACAUCACACGUGACGUCAUCACGCAGCUGGUGCAUGUGUGCGCGCGUGGGGGGGGGUGCCUGGCCAGCCGGCCACAAACAUCAAAAACCCUGGCACCGCCCCUGUAGCCAUUAGCCAUAGCAAAAUUACAAUUUAAAACAUACAAUUAUCAUCGUCUAUAAACUCGUAAACUACAGAACAACAAUACAUCUAUAACAGAUAGAAUCCAGGUACUGUUUAAUAGAAAAUUUAUCUAUCCAAAAGCCCCGAGAGCUACCACCUUUGCUCGUAUCUUUCUUGCCGCAACAGGGAAUAAAGAGACUUUGUAAGACACCUUUGCAUUUAAAUCAGAUUACAAUAUAGAAAAUGUUUCCACCUCUGAAUAUUGCCUUAAAAUGGCUGUGAUCCAGAAAUUUAUCUUUUGGGGUACAAUACAAUGGACAAGAGAGGAUAUAGUGGGGCAAAUCUUCAAUUUCUUUAGAGCCACAUAUGCAUACACACUAGGUCAACGAAACUGGA